AAAGAGCUGACAUCACUCCUGGUGCAUCACACUAACACACGACUGACGCCACUCCACUGUCCCACAGAGGAGGGGGUUGAGGAAAACAGAGGAGAACCUCUUAAGUUUCCAGUCCAGUGCAGAACUACCACUGACAUGAGAGAGGACACGAGGAAGUGGGAGUAGUGAAGCAGAAAGAGAAGAAUCCUCCAGACAACGCUGUAUCUCGCUACAGCCGAGAGAAGCUUAGACCAAACAUAGAUUCUAUAAGAAUACUGAUUGAUUUUCAGCCCAGAUUGUAGACGUUGAAGCCUAUCAUGAUGGAAGUGGUCCUGACUAGACUGAGAGACUUCUCCUCUAAGGACGCCACCUUUGAUGCCUGUAAGUCAACCGGGCCCGUUGUGUCCAGGGACCCACGGACCAUCAGAGACCCCUGCCCUGAGGAAGGGCUCCGGGUGGCGGGCUGCAUGGCCGGAGUACAAGGCAGCAGCACCUACAAACUGGACAUUGAGAGUGCACUGGCCUGGCUGCGCAGGGAACUGGUGGAGAUGCGAUCUCAGGACCAGGCCUUGAUACGACAGCUGAUGGACCUUCACGCAGGAAUACAAGAGCUCAAGCUGGAGUGUGCCGAAGCAGGGGAGGAGGAAGAGGAGGAUGACGAGACAGAAGAGGAAGGGAGCUGGGACUUUGGUAGUGAGGCAGGGGGCAGUGGUAGUAGUGUUUACUCCAGCUCAGGGGAAGUGGGGUUUUCCAUAUCUCGCCUGUCCACUAGAAUGACUCCACCUCCUCUGGGGCCAUCUCUACCUAGAAGGACUUCCAGCAGAAGAAGCUCCUUGCCUUAAUAAAACCACAAACAGUAGUCUCUUAUGGACCAACCGUGGUCAAUGUGUAGGUCAAUGUCACUGUCAUAUACCACAGUAUCAUCUAUUCUAUUGUCACUGUGUUUGCAAAAAAAAUCGCACAAGCGAAUUUUGAAUAGGCUGCAAUAGAUUCCAUAUAGAACCUAAAGAUAAUAUAUAGAUUUAAGGCUUAGAUUGACCUAAGGCAAUCAUAUCUGCCUAAUGCCUUAUUGUGUUAGGAAGUUGAAAAAGUGUCUGUCUGUCUGUCUGUCUGUCUGUCUGUCUGUGUGUGUGUGUGUGUGUGUGUGUGUGUGUGUGUGUGUGUGUGUGUGUGUGUGUGUGUGUGUGUGUGUGUGUGUGUGUGUGUGUGUGUGUGUGUGUGUGUGUGUGUGUGUGUGCGUGCUCGUGUGUGUGUGUGCAUGUGAGAGAAAAAUAUAUUUUCAUGAGACAAUUGACAGACUGCAGAGCUUACACUUACUAAGUAAGCUGUGUUACUUUUCAACUCUAACUAGACGGAAGAGACAACAACAGCUGCUAUCACUGUACGAAGGUCAUAACGGUAUAAUAGUACAUUUAAGAGAGAAUAACCAUUACUUACAGUAGCAUAUUGACUGUGAUGUCUCAACAAAGGAUUUGUAAAAACUCUUGCAAUAGUGACCAUAAAAGCGAUUUAAUGUCAUUGGCCGACCCAGCAGACUCAUACAACAUAAUGAACGGUCAAGUUUUUAAAAAAUCGCGAAAUAAGGGCAUCAAAGUGAACAAGAUAGGAUACUUCCCCAUUUUCCCAAUUCAACUGAUUUCAAAAGGAGUUAAUCUGUGAUAAAGUGACAACAAUUAUUAUGUUAACGUUUAGUGGACAAGUGGAUGUGUUUAUCCUUGCUACUGUAACUGCAUUUGGGACAGGUACUGUACAUAGUAUGCCAGAACAAUAAAGAUCUAAAAAUUGAAA